UACUAUAAAUUUAUUUUACAUUCAAAAUAUCACAUCAAUAUUUAUUUAUAUCAAAUCAAACAACUAUUCAAAUUCAACUUUUUACCAUUAAAAAAUCCAAACCCAAAACCACAAACAAACACACCCUUAUAAUACUCCAUCCGUCCAUGUUGCCAUUUCUGUCCGUCCCACGUACCAUGUCAUUUUUAUUUUUUAAAAAUGAUUACACUUUAAUCUUAUUUUAAAAUUUUUAAUUUUUUUUAAUUUUAAUUAAACUAAUUAGUUAUCUUAAUUUUAAUUUAUAAUUAUUUAUAUUAUAGAAUAAUUAUUUUCACUAAUACAUUUUUAAUUAUUUACUAAUUACACCCCUCCUAAAAUACUGUGCCUAUAGUGUCUAUAGUGUAGCAAACACUAUAUCUAGGACGGAAGGAGUAAUAUUUAUUUUCAUUCCAAACAUCAAGUAUUAUUUAUAUCACAUUAAAUAUAUUAAUUUUAAUUUAAAUUUUUACAGUGACAAAAAUAAACAGAAACAUACAAAAACACAAACAAACCAACCCUAAACCCCUUUACAUAUAUAUAUGUAUGUAUAUAUAUACCCUUGUCUUCUUCGAUCGGCAUUUUAAUUAAUUCCUUCGAUCAAUGGCAAUUGAGAGCAUUGUCAAGCCAUUCAGCGGCGGGCUUUCCAAGCUGCGUCUCCUCGGCCGGCGCCGGUCGAAGAGAGGCACCGCCGCGGCUGCGGCGGACCACGCCGCCGCCGGCGAAGCUGUAUCCUCCAAAACAGGCGAAUUCCGGCAGGUUUUCCGCUUCCUGGACGCCAACGGCGACGGAAAGAUCUCCGCCGACGAGCUGGCGGCGUUCUUCGCCUCCGUCGGCGAAUCCGUCUCGCGCGAGGAGGCGGAGAGGAUCAUCGGAGAGUUCUCUGGCGGCGGAGAAAUUGAGGGAUCAGGUGAGUUAGGGUUUGAGGAAUUCGUCCGAGUGGUGGAGCUGAGGGAGACGGAGGACGACGCGGCGGUGCUCCGGCGGGCUUUCGAGGUGUACGAGGUGGAGAAGGGAAGCGGGUGCAUAACGGCGGAGGGGCUCCGGCGGGUUUUCCGGCGGCUUGGGGAGGUGAAAUCGGUGAAGGAAUGUGAAGCCAUGAUUAGGGUUUUCGAUCUUGAUGGGAAUGGGGUUUUGGAUUUUAAUGAAUUCUACAAAAUGAUGUCUUGAAUAUAAUUAAUUGAUUCAUUUUGGGAUUGUAAAUAAUUAUCGAAACUCUUAAGUAAUUAAUUAAUUAAUUAAUUAAUGUGAUUAAUAAUUAUUUAUUGUCUCAUCUGAAUUAUAAUUAAAUUGUUUUUGUCGUGCCGAGAAGACGACGAAGGAAGGGCUUCCGCUUAUUCCAAAAUUUUCUUUCUCUAAUUUCUGGGAGUUGGGGUCCGGGACUAUGUUAGGGAGUUCGGGUUCUGGAGGACUUUGGUUGUCAUGUAUGGGCAGUCCGGCAGCGGUUAUAUAAUGCUUUUAUGAG